AUGACGGACCAGAAGAAAUACAUUAACAAACUCCAAGACACACGUGUCCUCGUCAUCGGUGGCUCAUCUGGGAUCGGUUUCGCCGUCGCAGAAGCCGUUCUCGAGUAUGGCGCCCAAGUCACAAUCUCCUCGUCCAAUCCCAAGCGCGUCGAAGCCUCCAUCUCGAAACUCAAGAGCUCUUACCCCUCUGCCGCGUCCAAAGUCCACGGCCUGCCUGCCGAUCUCUCGAAGCCAGAUACCCUGGAAGAUGUGCUGAAGCAGCUCUUCGAAGACACCGUCAAGGCCAUGGGGGGCGAGAAACUAGACCAUGUAAUCUUCACAGCUGGCGACGCCCUCGCCCAGAUGAAGCUGAAUGAUGUCACUGUGGAGAAGAUCUACCAAGCAGGCCAGAUUCGAUUCAUCGCGCCGCUCCUCGUCGGAAAAUUCCUGCCCACGUACCUCAAUCAAAGCUACAAAUCAAGCUACACUAUCACCACGGGAAGCGUCAGCGAACAUCCGAUUCCUGACUGGACUGUUGUUGGCUCGUUUGCGGGCGGCUUGCUCUCCAUGGUGCGCGGUCUGGCGCUCGAUCUUAAGCCUGCACGUGUCAAUGGCGUCAGUCCUGGGGCGGUGAAUACGGAGCUUUGGGAUACGAUUCCGGAAGAUCACAGGAAGGGGAUGAUGAAGUCGUUUGAGGAUAAGAUGCCGACUGGGAGGGUGCCGCUGCCGGAAGAUGUGGCGGAGACGUAUCUGGGGUUGCUGAAGGAUGUGAAUAUGGAUGGAGUUACAGUUAGCACGAAUGGAGGAGCGAUGCUUAUGUGA